GCGUCUUCUACCGCUGUUAAACAUCUCAUACAGGUGAUGAUUGACUUCCAGCCAAAUGAACAAAGAGCCUUCCUAAAGUUCGUUACAGGUUGUCCCAGACUCCCUGUCGGAGGUUUCAAGGCGCUGCACCCCCGUUUGACGGUAGUAAAGAAGUCAGUGGACGGACCACCUGACAGUUACCUGCCCAGUGUAAUGACAUGUGUAAACUACCUCAAACUUCCUGACUACUCAACCACUCAGUCUCUCAGAAGCAAGCUUCUCAUCGCUAUUAGCGAGGGUCAGAACUCUUUCCAUCUCUCGUAACAUCACGUGAUUUGAAUCACGUGACUUCUGUUUUGGUCUAAUUUACAUGGUCUCCGAUCGCUUUCAAGACAUUCUUUAUUUGUUUCAUCUCGCCGGAUUAAAACACAAUAAGAUGACUUGUCGUUACAUCACUGCAAUUUUAAAGAUAACUCAAGUUGAUGGAGAAAUAAGAAGUUGGUCGGUUUUUGUUCUGAAAAGUUGAAACUCCACGUUUUUGAGAUGUUGUUUUCAACGUGUUGUGUUCCUGGGACAAUCUACUGAAAAAUAUACUGGUCGAGAAAAACUCAAAAUGUUGAGCAGGAAUUAAAAGGAGCAAUUUCAUUAUGACUCACAUUGUUUUGUAAUGUUUGGUAAAAGUGUGAAAUAUGCUCCUUAGAAAGGGAAAAGAACCAACGCCUUUCACCGACUGCAAAUCUGAUAACGGUCCCUGUGAGUGUGAUAUUGGCACGUUUUACCGUGAUUCGUGGUCCAUAACGUUCCCUUACAUUGAACCUGACGAAUAUCAAAACAGAAUCGUGGAGCGUGUAACACUCGCCUACAAAAUAACCGUUCUUACAAAUGUUUUACUGGUUACGCAGCAUUCACAACUGCUCAAAGACAAUUUUAAAAUAAGGUUUAAUUUAUUUUCUGACACGGAUCAACAACAUAAAUUUGUCUUGUCAUGUGGAUGAUUUUUAUGAUUUUAUUAGAAGGGAUUAAGCGCGAUCAUGCACUAAAUAUAUCAAGACUCUCUGAACUCAAGAAUUUCUGUAGACUUUUACAUUUUGGGCGAUAAAAACAGAGAUCUAACUCAAAUAACAAGGAAUGGGGCGAAUUGGAAUAUGCGCUUUUAGUUUUACAUUGCGAAGCAAAAUACUGUCGAUUUGAUAACCGAUAGAAUUGUUAAUUGUUGACAAA